AUGGCGGCUACGCAGCUGCAGCCUCGGCUAUUGGCAAGCCUCGGCUAUUGGGUUGAUAAAGAUAGGAGUGGGGUGAUAUCGGACAAUGAGCUUCAGCAAGCGCUCUCCAAUGGCUACCGGCUCUCUGACCAGUUCCACGACAUCCUCAUCCGAAAGUUUGACCGACAGGGACGAGGCCAGAUUGCGUUUGAUGACUUCAUUCAAGGCUGCAUCGUCCUGCAGAGGCUGACAGAUAUAUUCAGGCGCUACGACACGGAUCAAGAUGGCUGGAUUCAGGUGUCUUACGAGCAGUAUCUCUCCAUGGUCUUCAGCAUCGUGUAACUACGCCUUGUGAAUAUCAGCACCGUUUGGGAAGAAAAUGCCAACCCCCUACCUGGGGCAAAUCAGGACACAGAUGCAGUU